GCGGUCGGGCGGCGCGUGCAGACCAGAGUGGGGGCAGGUCACGCCGCUCAGCAGCCGACGGACGGACGCUCCGAGCGGUGCAGCCGCGGACGGAUAGCCCAUAGGCUCCAGAUUGUCGGUGGGAGCGGCGGCGGCCUGACCCAGCAGUGACCUGACCGAAACGGAGACGGCUCCGCCGAGCUGAGCUGGAGCUGGGAGGGCGCCGAGUGAGCCAUGUGACAGUGAUCCGGUGUGAGGCUGGUGUGAGCCGGUGGCCUCUGCCGCGGGAGAUGAAGAGCCGGCGCCGGCGCGGCGGCGGCGUGGGGACCUGGCAUUCGGAGGACGGUGUCCACCUGGGCGUCCCGCCGACCCGGUACGGCGCGCCCCCGGCGGCCGCGGACGGCGGCGGCCGGCUGCCGCGCUGCCAGUCCUCCGAGGACGUGUCCUCCGGGCGGCGGUCCUCCGGGGACGCGGCCUCCCGCUGCCGGCGGACCCAGUUCCGGCUGCGGCCGCUGGCGCCCGCCUCCUCGGUGGGCCAGCUGGACCGACUGCAGGGAGGCCGUCCGGCCGCCGGAGCCGCUGCCGAGCCGGCGGCCGGAGGGGGCGACGCGCAGCACUGGGCGCGCGGCUCGGCCGAGGAGCGCAGGCGGCUCUUCCAGCGGCGCCGGGCGCGCUGGGAGCCGGAGCCGGCGGCGCGCCAGGCAGCAGCUCCCGGACCGGGGCCGACGGUCGAGCGGCAGGAUGUGACGACCGCGGCCAAUUGUGUCGGAUUGAGCACCAAGGGCGGCGGAGAGGGUCUCGCAAAGCACCCGGCCGGCCAGAAUGGCGCCGCGCCGGAGCCGGGAGGAACCGUCGGGGUGAGCGUCCUGCUGCAGAGCUGGAUGGAGAGGUUGGAGUGGCUCUCACUGCAGCAGCGGCGCGAGGAGAUGGAGGGCUCCACCACUGCGGCGGACGGGGAGGCGGCCGGUGACGUGCCCUCGGACCCGCCCUCCGCUCCGGCGACGCCUCCGACGCCGACGGGCGACUGGGUGCCGACGUUCGUGGUGUCGGACUGCAGCGGCCGCUCGUGGCCGGCGCCGUGGUCCGAGCUGCUGGCCUCCGGGGGCGGCGGCGGCGGCCGCCGGCUGUCGGCCGUCUCCGACUGCAGCACGGUCAGCUCAGCCGGCUGGGACCGCAGCCGGCGCGGCUCGCUGCUCGACCUGGACACCGAGGGACUCCGGCUGGACGACGACGGGCGGCUGGAGCGCGCCGCCACGCACCACAGCUCCGAGAUGCAGCCGCGCGACGGCCCAGCGGCGGCCAACGGUCAACUAGGAACUGAGAUCGAUCCCGGGACGAUCCCUGGACCGGAGGAAGGUCUCGGGACGAUCUCCGGCCUGGAGGACGGUCUCGGGACGACCUCAGGCCUGGAGGACGGUCUCAGGACGACCUCAGGCCUGGAGGACGGGCUCGGGACGAUCUCCGGCCCGGGAGACGGCCGGCGGAGGAGUGCGGAGACGAGUCGCAAGAUCUCCAGCUGGUCGUACAGCAGCGUCAGCACGCUCAGCCAGGACGAGGAGGAGGAGCCGCGGACCGCCGGUCCGACACCCGGCGCGUCGUCGCAGUGGCGCAAGGUGAAGGGGGUGGUCCAGUGGACGCCGUUCGUCCAGACCUACAAGAAGCAGAAGUACCUGUGGGUUCAGCUCGCCGGCCACCAGGGUAACUUCCGGGCCGGGAGGGACGGCACCAUACAGAAGAGGCUCUGCGGCCGCGAGCAGCAGUGUCUCCAGGAGCUGAUGGACGACAGCCUGCGGCCCUUCGUGCCAGAGUACCGCGGUCAGACCGAGUCUGAAGACGGUCAGCAGUUUCUGCAGCUGCAGGACCUGCUGGCCGGCUUCGUGGAGCCCUGCGUCAUGGACUGCAAGAUCGGCGUUCGCACCUACCUCGAAGAGGAGCUGGCCAAGGCCAAAGUGAACCCCAAACUCAGGAAGGACAUGUACGAUAAGAUGAUGGCCGUCGACAAGACGGCUCCCACCGAAGAGGAACACAGGCUGAAGGCCGUCACAAAGCCCAGGUACAUGGUGUGGCGGGAGACCAUAUCGUCCACAGCCAGCCUCGGCUUCCGCAUCGAGGGCAUUCGGAAAAGCCGCGGCUACUCGAGCAAGGACUUCAAGACGACCCGGUCGGAGGGGCAGAUCCGGGCGGCCAUCGCCAUGUUCACAGACGGCUACCCGAACGUGGUGACACAGUACCUGGCGAGACUGGAUGAGAUCCUGGCGACUCUGCACGGAUCAGAGUUCUUCAGGAAACACGAGUUCAUCGGUUCGUCUCUGCUGUUCGUCCACGACGCCAACCGGGCCGGAGUGUGGCUCAUUGACUUCGCCAAGACGACGCCGCUGCCGGCCGGCGCGCGCGUCAGCCACCGGGCGCCGUGGCGGCCCGGCAGCCACGAGGACGGCUACCUGACCGGCGCCGAGAACCUGCGCCGUAUCCUGGCAGAGAUGGCCGGCCGCGGCGCCGCGCCCUGACCCACCGCCGGGGUACCCAUUGGCGGGGUACUGACCGCCGCGCUACUGACCGCCGGGGUACCCACUGCCGGGUAUCCACUGCCAGUGGAGGACGGCGAGAGACCGCUGCAGCCGCGCACAGGAGGGCCGGGUGUUGCCGGGGCCGGUCCGCUGGGGAGGGUGGCGCCACCUGGUGCGGUCGACACUGGUAGCCAGGGACAGACCCUCGCAGGUGCCGCCCCGCCGGCUGCCGGAACAAAACAGACGGCUAUCCGGCUGACCGCGAAAGAGACGAUCGCAGUGCCUUAUCGGUCGCAGAGACACGCUGAAAUCACCUCACAGUGGCGUAUAGUCGAGGACCUUGACGCACCGAACAAAAGUGACUCGAUUGAAACUUGGAUGCACCAAACAGCGGUCCCAGAGGGAUGCGUUGUCGGGCUGGGUGAGAGUCCUGGACAACAUCCAUGUCGUGUGACUCCGUCUCUCCAAGACCGCGGCGUACACCAUGUAUCCGCGGUCAGUGUCCAUUAUUCGCGUGGUACCUAUAUUGUGACAUGUGGCGUGCGUUUGUGGUGUGUCGGGGCACAUGCCUCAGCGAUUGCAAUUGAAUGACGCAAUGUGCAAACAUUAAGCAUGUGGGGUUUUAGCUCAGCCAUUGUUCAAGCUUCUGACAUUCUAAUUAGGCACCGUACUUCCAACUGAUUAGCCGGUACGUAGUGCGCAUGCCAGCGCUGUUCAGCUCUCUGUCGCGAGUUUGUGCAAUUAUUUUGAGUUCGAGUUAUACUCGUCAUGAACCCCGAGUAUAUACAUUGAGUUUAAUUUGC